AUGGAGCCUGACCUGAACGCUGUGGUGACUUUGUCUGUCCAGGAGCUCAUUUCAAACGUGACUCUAAGGGCCAACGCCAUUGAUCUAGUGGAAUUGAACGAUACUGCCAUUUUCACCUGCUCCGUCUCCUCUGGCACUUCCCUCUCUUACCGCUGGCUGAAUGGCAGCUCAGAGGUAACAGCCAGUGACAGAGUUCGGCUUGGUGGUGGGAACAGCACUCUCACCAUAGUCAGUGUGACACGAUACGAUGAAGGGCCUUUCAGAUGUGAGGUCAUCAACGGAAUCAGCAAUGGCACCAGCCAACCCAUUGGCCUCAAUGUUAGAUAUGGCCCAAGUAACCUCACCAUGAUGGUACUUCCUGAGAUGACCAUAGGACAUACAGCCUGUCAAUACGGGCUCUGA